AUGACGCGCACGGAACGACGCCCGCUCAGUGGUGUCGACCACGCGCUCAUCGGGUCCAUCGCGGGCAUGACCGAGGUCCUCAUCCAGCAGCCCACAGUCUACAUCAAGAACACGCUCCAGCAAAGCCAACCGCUCGUCUUUCGGCCCAGCGUCAUGUACCGUGGCGUCGGCAUCAAUUGCCUCUCGAUCGCGCCCAUUUGCGCUGUUCAAUUUGCUGCCAACGGCGUGCUCGGAAAGCUCGUCGCCCCCGACGACGCACUCGGGCGCAUCGGAACCGCCAUGAUCGCUGGCGGCCUCUCGUCGCUCCUGAGCUCGCCGGCCGAGCUCGUCAUGACGCUCCAGCAGCGCACGGGGCAGCCUCUUGGCGCGACCGUCCGAUCGGUCGUGGAAACCCAUGGCGUGACGCGGCUGUACCGAGGCCUGCCACUCACCGCGUUCCGCGAAGCCUCGUGGUGCGCCUGCUACCUCGCGCUCGGGCCUGUCGUCUCGUCGACACUCCACGACACGUUUCCGUCCAUCUUUGGCGACAAGGAGACGGCAUCUACAGCGCAAAAGACGUGGGCGGCCAUGGGCGGUAGCAUCGCCGCCGGCCUUGUCGCUGUGAUGGCGAGCCAGCCCGUCGACACGUUCAAGACGAUCGCACAAGGAAAUGCGAUGGAGGCCAACACGACAUCUAUGACCAAGCAUGCGUCACAGCUCUGGCGCGACGGCGGCCUUGGCUUAUACUACAAGGGCACUGUACCGCGCGGUCUGCGCUUGAUUGGCGCCGUCUUCAUCAUGUCGAACACGAAGGAGGUCUUGGAAGACCAUUUUAGCGCCAUCUAG